AAUAAAAAAAAUAAACCCAAAAAAUCCGGAUAGGUACCCUUAUUGAUUGGACUAUUUCGGUGUGUAUGUACUGAACAUAACUCCAUGAUAUAAUCAAACCAAACAUUUUUAGAAAAGGUAAAAAAGAAAAAGAAAAAGAAAACUAUCCAACACUUUGGUUGGCCACUAGAUUUUGUCCGAAUCUCUCUCGCGGCUUCAGAAAAUCUACCAAAUCAUCGGAAGUUAGUCAUCCCAUGAAACCAACCAACCAAACCAAAGUUCCGUACGACCGCGCCUGAGUAUUUGCUCUUUUCCCUUUUGUUCUUCAGAAUGGGGAAGAGACCGCCGAUCCCACCAGACCUCGAGACCGGUCCACCGCCACCGCAGCCACGGCCGCAAUUCCGGCCACCCAUGCCUGAGCCAUGGUUAGCGUGGCUCGUGCCGCUCAUCCUGGUUGCUAACUUCGUCACCUUUGCCUCCAUCAUGUACGUGAAUGACUGCCCCUCGAGAUCCCAUGAAUGCAUCCUCUACGACUUCCUCGGGCGAUUGUCCUUCCAACCUCUCCGGGAGAAUCUUCUCCUUGGCCCUUCUGUUCCCACGCUGAGAAAACUCGGAGCCCUCGAACGGAAACUGGUGCAGAACGGACAGAAAUGGCGGCUCCUUUCCUGCAUAUGGCUCCAUGGAGGACUCCUCCACUUGCUGGCUAACAUGAUCAGCCUUCUAUGUAUCGGAAUGCGCCUUGAACAAGAAUUUGGAUUCUUUAGAAUCGGAGCAUUGUACGUGAUCUCUGGUCUCGGUGGAAGCCUAACAUCUUGCUUGACGGACACCAGAGGCGAAAGGGUAUCAGUCGGAGCCUCUGGCGCUUUGUUUGGACUACUCGGAGCCAUGCUUUCCGAACUGAUCACAAACUGGUCAAUCUAUGAAAAUAAGUGUACUGCUCUCAUGACAUUGAUUCUGAUCAUCGCAUUGAAUCUGAGUGUUGGGUUCUUACCUUACGUGGACAAUUCUGCCCAUUGUGGAGGAUUCGUAGCCGGAUUCUUCCUCGGUUUUGUCCUUCUUCUCCGUCCUCAGUAUGGAUAUGUUCACCCUAAGUACAUUCCUCCUGGAUAUGACAUGAAACACAGGAAAUCAAAGUACAAGUGCUAUCAACACAUGUUGAGGUUUAUAUCUUUAGCCAUCUUGAUCGCAGGAUUCGUGGGGGGUUUUACUAAGCUUUUCCGAGGACAUGAGGAUGUGCCACUCAGAGUUUUCAAUUAGCAGUUUCUAUCCACACUCUGUAAAAGAUUAUUUGACACAAUCCCGAGGCUUUCGAUAUGGAAGUUUACAAAGUCUGAAAACAAGAUUCAAAAGUACUAACAUAUGUAUCCAAAGAAAAGACUACUGCAGCUUUACAUUUGUAUAAAGGCGUAUAUAUAUUAAACUGUA